AUGGUGUCAAAUCAAUCAGAUAGCAGCUUCAGGCUAAGCAGCGAGAGCUCAGACGAGGAGUCCAGCUUCGAGCCCGGCAACCCCGAAUGUCAAAUUCUCUUUAAUAGAGAACACGAGGGAAUUGAGGCGGACUAUGACUCUGAUACGGAUUCUGAAAAAUCGUUGGAAUAUCUCUACGACCAAUUAUCGUUACCCUUGACACCCACGGCAAGGCUGUUGGUGAAGACUACAGCUAUAGAGAUGAGACGCGUUAUUGCUCCACAAGUCAAGUUGUUGCAAGAAAAAGCAAGACAGUACGACUUGCUGAAAGCAGCCUAUGAGUUGCCUACUUUUGAGGACGACAGUCUAGGUGUUGAUGAUUUGAGGCCUCCGCUGGAAUUCAACUCAGAGGCCCUUUUGAGCGAGAUCGAGACUACCAAAAGGAUCCGUGAAGCAGAGAACGCUUUGAAGAAAACACUCAAGCCCAAGAACAAGUCCACUCCAAACACCCCGGUCUCAACUAAAUCUGGGACUAAGAGAAAAGCCCCUGCUGAUAGCGAGUACGAGUCCUUCCCGAUACUCUCGGCAGAUGACACAUUCAACCUUGCAGAUACGCAAGCAGAGGCUGCCACUCCAAACAACACGCGAGAAGAAGCCGAUGUAAGUCAAUCAGUACUCCUUGAGGGAGAUGAGAUCGAUCUGCUGGAUGGGCUGUAUUUGGGAAGGGAUCCGCAUGAACACACAUCUCGAUCUCUGGAGGCUAGACUAGAGCUGAUAGCCGAGGAGGGUGAAACCACUGAGAUAUCAUCAGAAUCGGCGUUUUCAAGUAGAAACGCUACAGAGAGCUCUGAAAUUUCCACUGGGAGUUCUACGGGAAAUUCAAUGAAACGCAUUUUGACUGUUUUGAAGGGGCUGCACCGAAGAAGGGGUUCGUAA